UUGCAUUGGCCAAGGGCCCAAGAGCAGAUGCACAGGGAAGACUGAAGACGGGAAAUUUUGGAGGGAAAAUGGAGCUGCUGAAAUUCUCCAAAUUCAAGCUUCGUCUCAAUGCCCUAAUCACCGAAGUUCGACAUCUCAGGGAGAGGGAACGCUCGGCCACCGAUCAAGUCCAGCUUUUAAUCCAGAAACAAAAGCAAACAGAAGAUGAAUGUGCUACGAAGUUACACGAAUUGCAGGCGGAGCUAGCUUCGUCUAACGAACUCCGACAAAAACUGGAGAGGCAGGUGAGUUACCUUCAGAGCGACAAUGAUUUGCUCGAAAAUAAGCAGAAGCAUUUAGAACGAACUAUACGUAGCCUGCUUGAAUCAAGAGAAAAAUUUAUUAAAGUUUACCGGGAAUCUACUUGUGAAAUGAGGCGUUCAAUAGAAACCAAAGACAGAAUGCUUGCUUUUCUUACUGAGAAGAUAAACUCACAAUUACUGUUAUUUGAUUCAAUAGAGAAAGAGGCCUUCUCUGUCAAGCAAGUUGUAGAUGAUGUGCAACUCCUUGUGAGUGAAAAAGAGCAAGUAGUGGCUGGGUUAAGGAGCAAAAUGGAUAAGAUCUCUGCAUAUGAAAAAACAUUUGUUGAGAAAAUCUGCGAGCUGGAUAAUAAAUUGAGAAAUGAUGGGGAUGAGCUCCAAAGAAAAGAUAAAAUCAUUUUGGAGCUAGAAGCACAGCUGGAGGCAGCAAAGAUUCGCAGUGCACACCAGCCCCAAUUAGAAGAGCUUCAGAAAACUUUAUCAGCGAAGGAAGUGAUCAUACAGAAUUUAAUUUCUGAGAAAAAGGCUUUGCAUUUUGAAGUUGGGAGUUUGGGCAUUAUCUUACUGAAAAUUCAGGAGACUGUUUUGAGUAUGAAUGAAGAGGAUAAAAGGACAUUCUCCUCCAUACUGGAAGGCCAAGAAGGAAUUGCAAUGGUUGAGAAAAAAGAAUAUAAUAGGAUUGAAGAUAUGGUUCAAAACACAAGAGAAAACUCUCCUAAGGUUUCUUGGAGAUCUGCUGCAGAAAAUACAGCUUUAUCUCAGUGUCCACAAUAUGGUUCAGCAAGCAACCCCUUGUGUAAGAAUGAUAAUUAUGACUCCUGUAUGUCAGAGGUACAAAUGCAGUUUGGUUGUUCACCCCUGCAGCCGACAUGUUCAAAACUUCAAUCAGCUGCUAAUGUUUUGAGCAUCUCUGUGGAUGAAGCAAAGGAAAACCACAAAACAUUACUGUCUCCUUUAGAUUCAGAGGGCUCAACAACUCAAGCAGAAACAUCGAAUGAUCCUGGUUAACUUCUUACUAGUGUUGUGGAUAAAAAAUUUGGAUGUCAGAUCACCUGAACAAAUACUGAUUAUGAGGUCGUGUUUGAGAGUGGAUUUCAAACUUGAGAUUUAGAUUUGUGUCAAUUUAGACAAAGUUCAAUAUAAUUCUAUGUUGCAUUUUUUUCAAAGUCCCACAAAUCCUACUUGAAGGCCUUCAUUCCAAGCUCGCAAGGAUGGGUAAAGAUGUUUGUAAUUGAUUUUAGCCGCACAAAUAUGCUGCAUGAGGGAAACCAUCGGGCACCAUGAUAUCUGAAACUUUGUGGUCAUCCUACAUUGUGGUAAAAUCUGGCAUAACAAUGUACUGCUUUUUGUUUUUUUUUUUUGUUUUUUCCUACUAGAAUAAAAAUAUAUGCAUCUUCUAAUAUUCUAGUUGCAG